AUGGACCCCGACAAGGUCUCUACAAUCCUCAACUGGAAGCCACCAACAGCACUCCGCGACUUACAAAGAUUCCUCGGCUUUGCAAACUUUUAUCGCCGCUUUAUCCGUGACUUCUCCAAGAUCACCCGGCCAUUAAAUGACCUCCUGAAGAAGAGCACAAUCUGGUCCUGGGAGGUAGAACACCAAACCGCCUUUGACCGACUGAAAGCCGCAUUCUCCGUAGCACCGGUUCUAGCCUUAUAUGACUAUAAUAGGAAAACUGUACUUGAAACAGACGCCUCGGACUGGGCGUCUGGAGGAGUCUUGUCCCAGUAUGAUGAUGAAGGCGUACUGCGACCUGUAGCCUACUUCUCGUCAAAACACUCGGCCCAGGAAUGCAACUACGAGAUCUACGACAAGGAACUACUGGCGAUCAUUAAGGCUCUGGAAGAAUGGAGGCCUGAGCUUCAAGGGACCCAAGAACCCUUCGAAGUCAUCACGGACCAUAAGAACCUUGAAUAUUUCACAACAACCAAGGCUCUAAACCAACGACAAGUCCGCUGGUCCGAGUUCCUGUCAGGCUUCAACUUCCGUAUUGUUUAUCGACCAGGCACCAAAGCCGUCCGUCCAGAUGCGCUAAGUCGAAAGCCAGAAGACCAACCCAAGCGCGCAGACACAAACGACGACCGCAUUAAGAACCGCCAACGGACCAUUCUGCCAGAACACAUCUUUGACCCAGAGGCCCUGGCUGAACUGACUCGAGAAGUCAAUGGGAAUUCGACCUCGCUGCCGCCCCGAUAG